ACAGAGAAUUGUAUGUAAAGUUACUAAAAAUAUAAUCUCUGAUGCUCACAGGAAAUAAUGAAUUUGUGUCCAUUGUACAGUGUAUCAGUUGUAUGUCACGUACUCAGGGGUUAUCACGGACUCAUCAGUAACACAGUGACUGAUAGUUGGAAACCACUGGACUAAGUCCUCCAAAAUGACCAUGAAGUUUAAUCUAGAGAUGCAAUAGAGGAUUAUUUUAAUUAUUGGUUAACCUACCGUUUACUUUCUCAGUUGAAACGUCUUUAAUAUGUCAUAAAAAUAUGCCCCUCAAAUUCCAUGGGCAAAUAUAUAUUGCUUAUGUUGCCCGGCUCAGUUCAGUUUACCAUCAGAUGAGGCAAAGAAAAAAAUAAAAUCCUUAAAAUUCAGAAGCUGAAGCAAGAUACAUUUGGGCAUUUUUGCUUGAAAAAAGACUCUAAAAGAAUUAACGAUUAUCAAAAUAGACAAACUGUUUCAGCUGUAGUUGAGUGUGAACCUCUCAUUAUACCAAACAUUAUAACCUUCAUGAAUGUAGAAUUUAUUGCAGGGCUUUUUCUAUUAGACGGCAUCAUUUUAAAGGAAUAGUACGAUUUUUGUUUGGGUUUAACAAACAAGAUAUAACAUGUUAAUCAGGAAGAUUAGAAGUGCUGCUGGGUGGAUUUUUGUCACCGUUAGCCAGAGCCAUGCUAGCUAGUUUCCCCCUGUUUCCAGUGUUUGUGCUAAGCUAAGCUAACUGCUUGCUGGCUAUAGCUUCUAAUUUCCUGUGCAGACAUGAGAGAGGUGUCAGUUUUCUCAUCUAACCAGAAAGUGGAUAAGACAAUGAAACACUCUCAUCUUUAUCAGGAUCACGUUAAAGGCUGCGUGCAGGCGUGUCUGCACACAAUUCAAAUGUUUUACAGUCUUCACUGUAAGUUAUUUCCCCUUGAUGUUGGCACCAGGUUUUGCUUUGUCAACACAAGUAUUUUUCAGACAGUGCGGUUUGCAAAAAAAAAAAAAACUGGAAGUCAGCAUUGCAUACAAUGUACACUUGAGAAACACAUUUCACAGUCAAUGACUGUCACUUUUGUGUCAGUUACCCUUGUCUAAUGAUGACAUUUACAGGUAUAUUUCACCACAAUCCUACACACACACACACACACACACACACACACACACACACACACACACACACACACACACACAGCUAUUGACCAGAGAACGAAUGACAGUACCCUCUCUCGAAACUGCAAAGCAAAAAGGGAAGUGGCUAACCUCACAUCUCUCUGUCUUUCCUUAUCUCGAGCUGUCUCUGUUUUUUCUAACUUUUCUGUCUCCUCGCGUCUCCCUUCACGCAUCUCUUUAUUCACGCUUUACCGCCCUUGAGGCUUUCUCUCACAUUCUCUAUCACCUCAUACGUCUCCGGUUCUCUGCCACUCAUCCUCUCUCCUGCCCUGCUCUCUCAUUCCACCCCUUGUCACUCACCUCCUUCCCUCCUUUUUUUUUUUUUUUUUCCAGUGGCGAUGGUGAUUGACAGAUGAUCUGACAGAGGAAGACAUCAGACGUCGUCUCCGUGCUGGUUAUUAUGGGGUGUGUCUGUUGCAAGCAGAAGAAGUCCGGCAAAGCAGCACCAGCAACAUCAGCAUCAGUAGACGUUACAGAUCUGUCUCCUAGCAACGCAGAUGGAGGGUUGUCCACGGCCCUGAGCCAGGGCCGUUAUUGUCCCGACCCCACUCAGAGCAUCCCAGACUUCAACAAGGCAUUCUCAUCGAGCAACAUCUUCCCCAACACCAACACACACCAGCGGUCUGGCAUAACAAGUGUUGGAGUCACUCUUUUUAUAGCUCUGUAUGACUAUGACGCCCGCACCGAAGAUGACCUUACUUUUCAGAAAGGAGAGAAAUUCCAAAUCAUCAACAACACAGAGGGUGACUGGUGGGAGGCCCGCUCGUUGGACACAGGAAAAUCAGGUUACAUCCCCUCCAACUACGUAGCUCCUGUCGACUCCAUACAGGCUGAAGAGUGGUAUUUUGGGAAGAUGGGGAGGAAGGAUGCGGAGAGACAGCUGCUGGGCCACGGCAACCAGAGGGGAACUUUCCUCAUACGAGAGAGCGAGACCACCAAGGGUGCUUACUCUCUGUCUAUCCGUGACUGGGACGACAACAAGGGAGAACAUGUCAAGCAUUAUAAGAUCCGCAAAUUGGACAACGGUGGCUACUACAUCACCACGAGAUCUCAGUUUGACACUGUGCAGCAGCUGGUCGAGCACUACACAGAGAGAGCGGCGGGACUGUGUUGCCGUUUGAUUGGCAGCUGUAAGCGGGGCAUGCCUAAGCUGGCUGACUUAUCAGUGAAGACCAAGGAUAUGUGGGAGAUUCCCCGCGAAUCCCUCCAGCUGAUUAAGAAACUGGGCAACGGCCAGUUUGGAGAAGUCUGGAUGGGCAGCAAUGACGGGUUGUGUUAUUACCUGACCAAGCCCUGUCCCAACUCCACCCCGCUCACCAUGGGCCUUGGGCGGGACGCUUGGGAGGUGUCCAGGGAAACGCUGUCAAUGCAAAGGAAGCUGGGACAGGGCUGCUUCGGGGACGUUUGGAUGGGCAUGUGGAACGGUACCACCAAGGUAGCGGUGAAGACUCUGAAGCCAGGGACCAUGUCCCCUGAGGCCUUCCUGGAGGAGGCUCAGAUCAUGAAGAGACUCCGCCAUGACAAGCUGGUGCAGCUCUACGCUGUCGUGUCUGAGGAGCCCAUCUACAUUAUCACUGAGUUCAUGAGCCAAGGAAGUUUGUUGGACUUCUUAAAAGAUGGGGAAGGGCAGAACCUGAAGCUGCCUCAACUGGUGGACAUGGCUGCACAGAUUGCAGCCGGAAUGGCGUACAUUGAGAGGAUGAACUACAUCCAUCGUGACCUGCGAGCAGCUAACAUUCUUGUUGGAGACAAUCUGGUGUGCAAGAUCGCUGACUUUGGCCUGGCUAGGCUCAUUGAGGACAACGAGUACACAGCCAGACAAGGGGCGAAGUUCCCUAUCAAGUGGACGGCUCCAGAAGCUGCACUGUAUGGACGCUUUACCAUCAAGUCAGAUGUCUGGAGCUUUGGCAUCCUACUAACUGAACUCAUCACUAAGGGACGGGUGCCAUACCCAGGCAUGAACAACCGUGAAGUGCUGGAGCAGGUGGAGAGGGGCUACCGAAUGCCCUGUGCCCCGGGCUGCCCCACCUCGCUCCAUGAACUGAUGCUGCAGUGCUGGAGGCGGGAGGCCGAUGAGAGGCACACUUUUGAGUAUCUCCAGUCCUUCCUGGAGGAUUACUUCACCGCUACAGAGCCGCAGUACCAGCCCGGGGAAAACCUGUGACCACACACGUAGGACAGAUGUGGCUCAAUACACGGACAAACAGAAAGAGAAUGAAUGAUAGAUAGACAGGCAGACAUGGAUAUAUACAUGCAGAUACACUGAUAGACAUGUACAAUGACACACACACACACAUACUAAGAUACAUAUCAUUGCCUUGUUUAAAUUGUUUAAUGACAGUUUCCUCCUUUUGAUCAUCAAUCGCUGCAGCCCAUUCAGGACAGAUCAGUCAACCAUGUUGAAGAGCAGAGUCGGAGCUCUGCUGGUCAGGCCUUGCAGUAAUGUUGCUUUACUCUGUAACCAUGACAACAAGGAACUGAAAGAAGAUGUAGAUGGUUGUUUCGAGGUGGGGGGAAGUCGAGUUGGUACAUGAUCUGUUCAGCUGCCAUAUAUGUUCAGGUCCUUUGAUGUCUGUGUCUGAGAAGAACGAUUUAGUCGGGCCGUUUGUUGACCUGAGAUAAAUAUAUUGAUAUAGAAAUGACAGAAGGUGCAACAGGUUUCAAACAAUAAUUGGAAUAGUGCCUUUAAAAAAAUGUCAAAAUGAACCUCAUGAACCUGUGUGGUAGCUGAGUAGAUUAUGUACGCAGACACAGACGCUCCUAUGGAAGAUGCCUCCUCUUACAAACAGACGAUAAAAAGGCUGUUGAUCAUCUGAUUUCAAACUUGCAGCAACAUGUGCCUUAAAGUGUCCAUAUUGAGGGCUGUUUUAGAUUUUAAAUACCUUUUGAUACUGUGUUAGUAAAGUCAGAGAGAUGUUAAGGAAUGCUCUUUGUUUAUCUGUUCAUUUUUAUGACAAUUUUGUAUGAGCUGUCUCUUUUGUUGUUUUAAUUUAACUCAAAUAUAUAUGUGCAUCACAAAGACUUCUAUAUCCAGUUAUUAUGUAUACAGUUCUCAUCCAUUGGGAGGGCAGGGUGAAAUGUUAUACAUAAAGGGGGGAAGAUUGAUGUCAGUGGAAUAUGAAAGAUAGUAUUUUAAAUGUGUGUAACCUUUAUGUUGAAAUUCCCCUGUCAUGUUAUUGUAAUAAAGACCAAAUAUCUUUUUCCGGUAUAA